AUGUCCAGCGACAAUUCCGCAACCAAGAUCGACGAGAAAAUGCAAUCCGAAGACAGCUCCAUGGCCGGCGAGUCCGCCCUCAAGGGCAAGGGCAAGGCCGUCGAAGAGCCACAAGACAUGAGUAUGGAUGACGAUGAGAGCUCCGAAGAAUCUGCCGCUGAAGACCAUGCCAACAUUCUGACAGCGCGACCAGCCGAGGAAGAAGAUGAAGACGAAGACAACAUGGAGGAAAUCGACACCGACAACAUCCUCGACACCGGACGCCGCACUCGAGGCAAGGAAAUCGACUUCGCAAAAGCCGCGCAGGAUGAUGCCGCCGCGGAUGAGGACGACGAUGACGAUGAAGACUUCGUAGAGGAUGACGACGCUAUGGAGCAAUGA